AAACAUACUCACCCAUCCCUGAAUCUUCACUCUUUCUAAGUUCAUCUAUUUUCUGUUUUGUCAUUUUAUUUUUUUAUAUCCAACAAUGGUGGAUACAGUUUCGUUCCUUCCGGUCUCUAACUUCGAUGGCUCCAAUCCAUCGGAGCCUCUUCAAAGUCGCCGCAUACCCAUGAAAGUGCAGCUCUUGAUCUUCUUUGGGUUGUUGGCGGUCGGAUUGUUUGCGGCUUUGUUGACAAGUAACAAUGGGUCAGAUUUCGUAACAGAAAGCGAGCAUGGUUCAUUGGUUUCGUUGAACACCGCCAAACCUGAACUGUUACAGCCGGUGUCACGUGGGCCGGCUGCCGGAGUAUCAGAGAAAUCGAACCGGCUUUUUGCCAAAGAUGGCGAAAAUAUGGUGGCGUUUCCAUGGAAUAAUAGCAUGUUGUCAUGGCAAAGAACAGCUUUUCACUUUCAACCCGAAAGGAAUUGGAUGAAUGAUCCUAAUGGUCCACUAUUCUACAAGGGAUGGUAUCAUUUCUUCUACCAAUACAAUCCCCAUGCUGCUGUGUGGGGUGACAUAGUUUGGGGUCAUGCUGUAUCCAAGGACUUGAUCCAUUGGCUUCACCUCCCAUUGGCAAUGGUUGCUGACCGGACAUACGACAAAAAUGGUGUUUGGACUGGUUCCGCCACCAUCCUCCCAGACGGAAAAAUUGUUAUGUUAUACACCGGAUCCGAUGCCGAUGCUGUUCAAGUUCAAAACCUUGCUUAUCCUACUGACCACUCCGACCCUCUUCUUAUCAAUUGGGUCAAGUUCUCUGGGAACCCUGUUCUUGUUCCACCACCAGGCAUCCUUAGCAAGGAUUUCCGCGACCCGACUACCGCCUGGUGGACCUCUGAAGGGAAAUGGCGCUUGACCAUAGGGUCCAAGAUCAAUAAAACCGGCAUAGCUUUUGUGUAUGAAACUAAAGAUUUCAUAACCUAUGAGAAAUUGGAUGGUGUACUUCAUGCUGUGGACGGAACCGGCAUGUGGGAGUGUGUGGACUUCUUCCCUGUUUCGAAAACGAAAGAAAAUGGCUUGGACACAUCGAUUAACAAUCCGGAUGUUAAGCAUGUGUUGAAGGUAAGCCUGGAUGAUGACAAGAAUGACUACUAUGCUAUUGGGACUUAUCAUGAGAAGAAUGCUGCAUUUAUUCCUGAUGAUCCUGAGAACGACGUUGGAAUUGGACUACGGUAUGAUUAUGGUGUGUAUUACGCUGCCAAGACUUUCUAUGAUCAGAACAAAAACAGAAGAGUCUUGUGGGGCUGGAUCAAAGAAUCCGACAGCGAAGCCGCGGAUGUGCAGAAAGGAUGGGCAUCUGUUCAGAGCAUCCCAAGGACGAUUUUGUUAGACCAGAAGACUGGUACCCAUUUGCUUCAAUGGCCAGUGGAAGAAAUAGAAAGUUUAAGGUUGAACAGCUACGAUUUUAACCAGGUGACAGUCCAGGCAGGAUCAGUUGUUCCUCUAGAUGUUGGUCCAGCCACACAGUUGGAUAUCAUAGCCGAGUUCAAGAUCGACAAAGAGGCUUUAGACAAAGCAACCGGGUCCGAUCUUACAUUCAGCUGCAGUAGCAGUGGUGGAGCUGUAAAACGUGGGGCACUAGGACCAUUUGGUCUGUUGGCGCUGGCCGAAGAUAGCCUCAGCGAACAAACACCUGUAUAUUUCUACAUUGCAAAAGGAUCCGAUGGAAAUCUCAAAACUUUCUUCUGUAACGACCAAACUCGAUCAUCUGAGGCAUCUGAUGUUAAUAAACAAAUCUUCGGAAGCGUGGUUCCAGUACUGGAAGGCGAAAACUUAUCCCUCAGGGUAUUGGUGGAUCAUUCAAUUAUCGAAAGCUUUGCUCAAGGUGGAAGGACAGUGAUAACAUCUAGGGUUUAUCCAACAAAAGCAAUCUAUGGAGCUGCUAAACUGUUCCUAUUCAACAAUGCGACCGAGGCGGGUGUUAAUGCUUCACUUAGGAUUUGGCAAAUGAGCUCUGCAUUCAUUCGGCCUUAUCCAAAUAUCGAUAACCAGCCCCAAUAGGAUGCGUUAACCAUUGAUUCAUUCCUGUUACUUCUGUCAUUCAAAGGCAAAAUGAAGUUUCUUGUACUUGUAAUACAUUUUUUUUCUUUCCUUUUUUUGUUAAGGCUAAUAAGAAUAUUACUACAAA